UGAUAAAAAAAAUAUCGAUAGUUGUUGCCAAUCGAUGGUUAUAUCGAUACUUUUACCAUCUCUAUUAAGAAGUCCAAAUGAGCGCACGAAAGAAAGCUUGGGUGGCAUCGGCCUUUAGCCAACUGGACUCCACGCCAAAGAGUACUUCUGUGAUAGACACAGCAACUCCAGCGAGGCGGACCAGGAGUAGCUCAACGGUUGGAAAAACAACAGCAACAACGAGAGCGCGAAAGCCAAAGGAGACGCUGGAUGCCAGUGCCGUUGGGACGCCAACAACCAUAGUAGACUUAACCAUCACAGAGGAUGAUGACGAUAAAAGGGAAUUGCCUGCUCUAGCGAAUGAUAAUUGGAUGGAGAAUUUUGCACCCAGUCAAAGCGAUGAACUGGCCAUACAUCCAAAGAAAGUCGAAGAAUUGCGGGAUUGGCUGCGCCAUUGCGAAGCAAUGCGUAAGAAGUAUCCCGCACAAAUGUGCCUGUUGACAGGACCUUCGGGAGCUGGCAAGACUGCGACAUUGCGCGUCCUGGCACAGGAAUUUAAUUAUCAGAUACAGGAAUGGAUUAAUCCCGUUGACUGCGAGGUUGUGAAUGCCUUGGGGGACCAAAGUAAUGGAAACUCCUACGUGGGCUCCCAGUUGGAGGCAUUCAAAAGUUUCCUAUUACGUGCAUCACGUUAUAAAUCACUGCUGGACAAGCAAAAUAAACGACUCUUAUUGGUCGAGGAUUUUCCCAAUUUCUUACUCAACGAUGGUCAAACCAUCUUUGAAGAACUAAUCGACGAAUAUGCUAGCUAUGGCAAAUCUCCUUUGGUCUUUAUUGUGGCUGAUUCUAAAUCGCGUGGCUUAAACAUCAGUUACAAGCUCUUUACCGACCAGCUGAAGGCCAAACAUCGUAUUACUCACAUUAGCUUUAAUUCCAUUGCCUCAACCAUUAUGCAAAAGUCAAUGAAGCGAUUUUGUUCCCUAAUGCAACAAGAUCAAAACAAGGCCAUCUACAAAGUUCCCACCCAAUCUGUCGUGGACUCAAUUGUGGUCGGCGCCCAGGGUGAUAUACGCAACGCUUUGAUUAAUCUGCAUUUUGGUUCCCUAAAAGGUGUACCAAAUAUACCUGUUAAACAGCUCGAUGUUAGCGUGGUCAGUAAAGGCCGCAAACGUAAAGCCCAAAGCACAUUAAAAUUCAUUGGACGGGAUGAGUCCAUAACCCUAAUGCAUGCCCUGGGUCGGGUUUUUAAUCCAAAAUAUAAUGAAGACAGGGAAAAACGCCUACAGCACAGUCCUGAGGAAAUAGCCGAAGCUUUUUCGACAGAACCCAAAAAUUUUAUCAACUUUAUACAUGCAAACUAUUUACCACAUUUUCGUGAAAUAGAAGAUGUUGUCUUGGCUAGCAAUGACAUAGCCUUGGCCGAUCUUCUCCUGCAGGAAUAUCGUGACGACUCGUUGGCUGUUGGGGCCCUCAAUGUCGCUGUGCGCGGAUGUAUGGUGGCCAAUAGCUCACCCAUUAGCGGUUGGAUGCCUGUGCGUGGACCAAAACGCCUAAAUAACCAACCACAAGUAACUCCACUAGAGCAGAAACUUUUGGGCAUUGGAUUUGCUGGCAUUCCAAAAGCAAAAUACGCCAGCGAAUACAGCUCUUUUGUUAAAUCCAUUGCAGCCAAAACUAAAGAGGAAUUUGAAAGCUAUUAAAGUUAGUAAAGUAAUUACUUUGUUAUUAAUUUAACAUAUAAUUAGUCAUACCUAUUAAUUCAAGUUAGACUGAAAAAAAAAUGUAAAAAAUUGAUAGCUAAUAAUUAAGAGCUAAAUUAUUUAACUAAUCAAUUGAGGUUUCAACUCUAGGCUUUUGUGUGUCAAUCCUGUUAUAGAUUUCCAAAGAAAUUCCAAAUCACAUUUUAAUAAAAAUCUAUUACUAUUGCAUAGUGUAAAAAUAAAGAUUCCCAUUAAUCGA